AUGGCCGACGACCUAUCGGAAAUAUGUGCUCGUCUAGCAAUUGAAGAGGAAGAGGACGAGGUCCUGGACUUAGGGGGUAUAGUUUCGGAUGAGACGGACGAGAAGGUUGCCCUUUUGCUGGUGGGAAAACUUCUAACGGAUCGACCUUUCAAUAUCGAUGCGUUUAAACGAACAAUGGUGCAGGCCUGGGCAAUGAUGGGGAAGGUGUUAGUGCGGAGUAUUGGACCGAACAUGUUCGCGUUCCAAUUCUUUCAUUGGCGUGAUAUGGAGAAGGUGCUAAUAGGGCGACCUUGGUGUUUUGAUCAGCAACUGCUGAUCCUGAAUAAGGUUACGGGCGACGAGCAGCCAACUGAUGUUCCCCUUAACCACUCACCUUUUUGGGUACGUAUUUGGAAUUUGCCGUUUAACUGUCGCUCUAAUGAUCAUGUUAAAGUAGUGGCGUCAUGCUUGGGUGACCUAAUGGAGAUUGAGGAGGACGAUUUUGGUGUGGACAAGGAUAGGAGGGUGAGAGUCCUCAUGGACGUGAGGAAACCACUUAGAAGAACGAAAUGCAUUAAGAACAGGAGGGGUGUGGAGGUGGAGGUCGAAUUUAGAUAUGAGAGGCUCCCCUUUUUCUGCUUUCUGUAUGGCAUUCUAGGGCACAGCGAAAGAGAUUGUUCAAAUGUACCUGAUGAUAAGAGGAAGGAGGGUUUCAAAUGGGGAGUAUGCCUUCGUGCCUCGCCUAGCAAGGGCAGAUCACAACUCCUGGACGAGGUGGAAACCAUUAAGGCGGCGAAGAAGGUCCUGUUUGUCUCAAAGAAAACAAGAAAAUUCGGUGGAGAUAUGGGGCGUAGAGAACUGGAAGAAAGGAAGAUUGUAGAGGUGGUAGAGGAUAAUGUGGAAUGCCAACUCCAAAUUAGGGCUGCUAGUGCAAACAAGUUGGAUGGUGUGCCAACUACGAAGCCUGAUGAGGAUAUUCGUGUAUGUAGUGGCGUGGUUGGCGAGGGUCCUGGUGGGGGGAGUGGGGAGAAGGGGGUGAGUGGGAAGGAGAUUCUUGCUGAAACGGAGAUUCUUGCUGAAACUCUUACGUUUUCAGUCGGUGCUUCGGAGGGGAGUAAAGGGAGGGUCAGAAGGGUGAAAAGAAUUAGUGAUAAAAGAGAAAAGGUGGGGGAGAGGGAGGCGGUUGUGGAGGGACGGAUGGGAGGUAGUGUUACUUCUACGUAUGUGAGAGAGGGGCAGACUGCUGGAGAAGGGAGGGAGAAAAGGAAGAGUGGUAUGGAUGGUGAGGAUGUGAUCAUGGAGGAGGAGGGGGUGGAAGGGAGGUGUGUUAAACCAAUAUUUUCUGGUACGGAAUUCGGCUCUUUGAGUCAAGUAGCGGUGAUUGGCGUGGACCAAUCCCGCGAAGUACAAUGA